UCAGCAGACAGUCGUGUGAUUCGGGUGCGUCACGCUCGCCACAACAACAACCAGUCAUAAAUACAACAACAGUAAUAAAAAACAACAACAACAAAAUUUUAAAUAACACAAAAAAAAAACACCACAAUAAGGCAGCAGAAUUAUAGCUAAUUUUUUGAAAGUGCAAUCUGUGUUUGUUCCUAGAAUUAUUCAAAUAUACAUAAGUCACAAAAAAAUUCAAAAACCAAGAACAAAAAUCAUAACAAAAAUCCUAAAAAAAAUGCCAUAAAAAAUCUUUUAAUAAAUCUUUGAAAAAUCAUCAAAAAUAUCUCUUCAUAACAAAAAAUAAACUACUUUUUUUUUGUUAUUGUGUGUGCCCCUGUGUUUUUUUGUGUGUGUUGGCCAACUUCCUGUGCAACCGGUCUGCAAAAAAAAAAGAAAGAAAGAUCCAGCCCAUUCAUUCAGCAUCCGACACAAGUUGCACCUGCAACAAAAAAAAAACGAAAUACAACUAAAAAAAAAAUAAAAGCAAUUUAUAGAAGUUGAAGUUGGCGACAUAAACCCGUUUUUUGGGGGGGGGAUACCAGGCAGCGCCUCCAAGGCCAAACACGAUAUCCACUUGGCCACAACAACAAAAAAAAAACAGAAACACCUCGCAGGACCGCAAAAAAACGUGAAGAAAGAAAAUACAGCAGUGAACGACUUUUCACAUUUUUCCUGGACAUUUUCCUUUAUGCUGAGUUAACAAUUGCCCGGUGAAAAUGAAGGGAAUGCGCAGCAGUCGCCUCCUGGUGCUGCCACUGGGCCUUCUGCUGAUCCUGACGCUGCUCCUCCAACCGAUUGCCGUCCAAGCCAAGUCGAAGAAGAACAAGUCCAACCAGAACUCACACCACAGUGACUCCUCCUCCGCGUCCUCGAGUUCCUCCUCAUCGGCGGGCUCCUCGUCCUCGUCGAAUGAUGAGAACAAGCCGAAAAGCGGCGAUAAUGGGGGUCAGCACUUCGCCAUGGAACCCCAGGAUCAGACGGCUGUCGUGGGCUCCCGAGUAACACUGCCCUGCAGGGUGAUGGAAAAGGUCGGUGCCCUUCAGUGGACCAAAGAUGACUUUGGACUUGGUCAGCAUCGGAAUCUCAGCGGUUUCGAACGCUACUCGAUGGUGGGCAGCGAUGAGGAGGGCGACUUCUCCCUGGACAUAUAUCCCCUGAUGCUGGACGACGAUGCCAAGUAUCAGUGCCAAGUGGGUCCGGGUCCGCAGGGUGAACAGGGUAUACGAUCGCGAUUCGCUAAGCUAACCGUUCUGGUGCCACCGGAAGCGCCGAAGAUCACACAGGGGGAUUAUCUGGUAACCACCGAGGAUCGCGAAAUCGAAUUGGAAUGCGUUUCGCAGGGUGGCAAACCCGCAGCCGAAAUCACAUGGAUCGAUGGUCUGGGCAAUGUCCUCACCAAGGGCAUUGAGUAUGUCAAGGAACCCUUGGCCGAUUCACGUAGAAUUACCGCCAGAUCCAUAUUGAAAUUGGCGCCCAAAAAGGAACAUCACAACACAACGUUCACGUGUCAGGCACAAAAUACAGCCGAUAGGACCUACAGAUCGGCGAAACUCCUCCUCGAGGUCAAAUACGCGCCCAAGGUCACCGUUUCGGUGGUGGGUGGUGCCCUGGCGGGCGGUAAAAUUCCCGAGGGCGCCGAGGUCAUCCUAAGUUGCCAGGCCGACGCCAAUCCCCAUGAACUCAGCUAUCGUUGGUUCAUCAACGAUGAGCUAAUGACCGGUGAUUUUACCACCAAAAUGAUUAUUCACAAUGUAACGCGGCAAUAUCACGAAGCCAUUGUCAAGUGCGAGGUGGUCAAUGCAGUGGGCAAAAGCGAGGAAAGCGAGACACUGGACAUAAGUUUUGGUCCAGUUUUCCGACAGCGCCCCGUUAGUGUGGAGGCAGAUCUGGGCGCCACUGUAAGCAUGCGAUGCGAGGUGGCUGGCAAUCCCACGCCCGAAAUCGAAUGGAUCAGCGAGAACAAUGAUCGGGUCGUUGGCACAGCUGCUGAACUGAAGCUAAAGGUGAGCAGCGAAACGGCUGGCCGCUACUUCUGCAAGGCGGUGGUCAACGGAUUUCCCGAGAUCGGAGCCGAGGCAACGGUCUAUGUGAAGAGGGCCCCCAUUAUAACAUCGCACAAGGUGCAGUUCGGCGGUGUCGGCGGCCGCGUUAAAAUCGAUUGCCUGGCCUUUAGCAUACCCAAGGCGGAGCAUAUCCUCUGGUCGUUCGAGGGCAAGAUCAUCAAUAUGAGCAGUGCCGAUCCGGAUAUAUACAUAUUCGAGGAGCACCAUUUGCCGGAGGGCGUGCGAGCCGCUCUGAUUAUCAGGGACAGUAAGGCCACACAUUUCGGGAAGUACAACUGCACGGUGAUGAAUUCGUAUGGCGGUGAUUCAUUGGUGAUAACACUGCUGCGCGAACCGGGAAAUAUACCCGUACCACUGGUCGUAAUGGGCUCCAUGUUCUGCGUGGCCACCAUUCUGAUGAUCGUGAUGAUCAUUAUUGUGUACAGAAAGCGGCGAAGUAGCAAGAAGCCAAUGCCGGCGGAUGUCAUUCCAGAGGCGUCACGCGGUGGGGAUAAACUAAACGAACUGAAGAGCGAACUGCGAUCAAAGGCCUAUGAUGUGGAGUAUUCAGAGGCGGGCGGCGAUGGUCUGGCCAUCAAUCUAACCCAAUCCCCAAUGCCCGAUGUUCAGAUGAAGGGCGCCACACUGGGCGUUCCACUCGCUGGACCCGUGAAGUUCGAUGAACGAUUCUCGGGCGAUUUCGGUGGCGAUCGGUACAAUCGGCAGUGCCACAUCAAGAAUCUGAAGAAUCAGCAGGAGACGUCCUACAAGGGCAGUCCCCAGGCCAAUGGCUAUGCCCACUACUUUGAGUAUGCCCUCGAUUACAGCCCACCUGGCGAGGGGGCGGCCGUGGUGGUGGGUGGCGGUGUUGGUGGCGGUGUCGGUGGUGCCAAGGUCAAGAACGGUGGCAUGAACUCGGCCACCCUGCCCCACUCCGGCGCCUCUGUGAAUGGGGGCGGUGCCGGCAAUGGGGGCGGGGCCAGUCUGCCACGCAACCAGCGACACGAACUUCAGCAAUCCCAGCAGGCAAACGGAUUUCUCGGACAACCGUUACUUCAAAACGGCAUCGACAGCCGAUUCAGCGCCAUCUACGGUAAUCCCUACCUAAGGACGAACUCCUCGCUGCUGCCACCCCUCCCACCGCCCAGUACCGCCAAUCCGGCGGCCACGCCCGCUCCGCCCCCCUAUCAUGCCGCCCGCCAUGGCCACGCCCACCAUGCCAAUGGUGGACUGAAGCAUUUUGUGGGCGGGGCGGUGAUUACAACGAGUCCUGUUGGGAAUUUGAAUGGAAUGGGCGGAGGCGGCGGGGGAGGGGGCAGCUCGACGCCCAGCGGCGGAGGGGGCGUGGCAGCGGGGGGCAGCGUUAGCGGUAGCAGUUCGAAUUUAACCGCCAGCAGUAAUACCCUGGCGGCCACGCCCCUAGCGGGCGGUGGCGGAAGCAGCGGCCAGUGUGCCCAGAGUCCGUCCGGGCAAUUUAUACUGUCCAACAAUGGAAAAGGACAUACGCAAAAAGGACCUCUGGCCACACACGUUUAAAUAGGUAUAUUACCCGAAAAACCGGCAAAGUCAGAGAAUGAUAUACAUAUAUAUAAAGCAUUAGCAUAUCCCAUGAAUGUAUUAAAAAGCAGAACUUCUAGUGUGUAACCAUAACUUUUUUUUUGUCAAAAAAUAUUAGCGUAAUUCUGGUUGAAGUGAUGUUAACUAUUUUCGAAAGGGUCUGCCAAGGUAUAACCAACUUCUAUAAAUAUCAUGGCUGAAAUUUUAGCACUAAGGACAACUUUUUUUUGUAAAUUUGUAUCGUACAGACCCCAAGAAAAUGGUUAAAAUUCCUUAAGAAGCCAUGAAAAUAUAUGUAAAAAAAAAAUUAGAAAAGAAAACAAAAAACCGUAUUGUGAUUUAUAGCGUUAAUUAUUUUAUGGCAAAGCUCGAUGAGUUUUGGAACAGCAAAUUAUAUCAACUAGUGCAAAUCUUAAGCUACUUAUCGAGUAAAAAAAUCGUAUAUCAAUUAAACACGAAACGUAUCGAAAAAAAAUGAAAAAAAAUCAUAAACCAACUACAAAACUUCAAAAGUUAAUUUUAAACAGCGAGUUGCAUACAAUUUUAAACAAAACCCGAAAAUCAAUUCAAUUAAAUAGAAACAUAAUUAUAACAUGCCUGUAGUUAGUUUCAAAUAAAAAAAAAAAGAAAAGAAAAUGCAAAAGCAGCAAGCAAAAACAAUUUUCUAAGCCAAAAUUUAUCAAAUUUUUAGACUUAAAUAUACAUAAAUAUGGAAAAUACGAAACAAAAUGAAUGCAGUGAGAGAAAUAUUAAGUGUAAGUGCUGUAUUUGACAUGUGACCCGGUCAGGAAAAGCCAAAAGUAAAUGGAAAAUCAAAACCUAAAACCAGCUUUUAUAUUUUAUUUUAUUUUUUUUGCAAAAAAAACAGUUUUCUUUUCAUAAAUACGGGAUGAUACAGUAUUAAAGCAAUUAAAAAAAUCCCCAAGAAACAAAAACACUAAUAGGCUAAUUUUUCAAAAUAUUAUUUAUCAAUAUAAAUAAACAAAAAAUCCACCAUUAUAGUUACCAAUUUAAAACUUGAUCGGGUUUCAAGGCUCACAGCAUCCAGCAUCCAUGUGAAAACUUCAAUAUUUUUUUGCCUAGCCGUUAAGCGAGUAAAUGAAAAUGCAAAUUAAAUCAAUUAUGUAAAGAAACAAAUGGAUUACUGUAUAUCGUAUAUAUAGAGCAUAAAUGUGUAUGUCAACGCUUGAAUUAAAUGACUAGCUAAGAUUAGAGAGAGUGUUUGUUUUUUUUUUGUCUGCCUAGUGGUUUAAGCCUAUUUAUAAACGUAAAAGAAAGGUACAUGUAAACAAUUUUAAACGUAAAAAAUAAAACUUAAAAAAGCUUAGCAA